GUUUGGCAUUGGCAUUUGCACUUGCAGUCACUAUAUUUUGAUUUUCUUGAAUUUUACACUAAUUUAUCACGAACUUUACUCACAAUUGGCAAUAAAGUUUGUUUAUGUGCUAGAAAAAAAAAAAUGCUUAAUUAAGUAUGGAAGAGUUUCAGGCAUGGGAAGACUUAUCGAAUAUACCAGCGGAUCCUCCGGUGAUGCGCGAUCUAUGUGUUAAUUGCAGAAGGCCAAUGGUGGUUUGUUGGUGUUCAGCUCUACCCCCUCAAAGGUUAAAUCCACGGAGCAAUGUGAUACUUCUCCAACAUCCCGCUGAAGAGAAGAGAUGUUUGCGCACAGCCCCAAUGUUACAAUUAGGGUUAGCAGAAAACAAGUGCCUUAUUUAUAAAGGAAAAAAAUUUCCACAACCUAAACAUGAAAAUUUACAAAAUAUUCUCAAUCAACCAAACACCUUACUAUUAUAUCCAAGUGCAAGUGCAGUUGAUAUAAAACAUUUUAAAUGUGAAAAUGACUAUUACAAUAUUAUUCUAAUAGACAGUACAUGGCCGCAAGCAAAAGCCAUAUAUGCAUCUAGUCCACUUCUACACAAAAUAAAACAAGUCAAACUUGUAACAAAUAACAGUAGUAGUUAUAUUAUUAGAACACAACCGACAGAAGGUUGCCUUAGCACUUUGGAGACAGCAGCAGAAGCUUUGUCACAAUUAGAAAACAAUUCCAUAUAUAGUGAACAACUAAUACAACCUUUACACAUGCUCUGUAAGUACCAAUUGGAAAAUGGUGCUGUGACCCAUCAAUCUAAAGAGUAUUUAAUCAAGACUAAAACCUAUCCUAAGUUAAUUGGCAAGAGAUUGUCUAAAUUACUUAAGUCUACUAAUCAAUGUACACUUGAAUAAGUUUAGCAUUUUUUUAUGUUAAGCUGUGACAUA